AUGACAAUCCUGGAUUUACAACAAUUUUGGUUUCAAGAAAACAAUUGGGGACUUUCCCAACUGUUUGAUAGACAGUUCAGCUCAAAACUGGUAUUUGUGAAAAAAGAGAAGGCAAAUCAGGUUCUGAGGAUUCAGAAACGUGCUAACACUUUCUUGGAGGAGAUUCUCCCAGGAAAUUUGGAGAGAGAAUGCAGAGAGGAACAGUGUUCAUUUGAGGAGGCAAAAGAGAUUUUCAAAUCAAAUGAGAAAACGAUGGAGUUUUGGUUCGAUUACAAAAAUUUCAACCCCUGUAAAGAAAAUACAUGUAAAAAUGGUGGAAUAUGUAAAGUCAGCCACUACACAUAUUCCUGUACGUGUCCCCCAAGGUAUGGAGGAAAUCAGUGUGAAAUAGAGAAAUUUGAAUGCUGGUACAAAAAUGGAUAUUGUGAGCAAUACUGCCAAGAUACCGAACAUUCACGUCAUGUGACCUGCUCCUGUGCAGCAGGAUAUACAUUAAAAGAAGACGGGAAGAGUUGUACCCCCUCAGAUCGCUUCCCUUGUGGGCUGAUUAAGCGAUCCACACGUUCUUAUGAGGGAGGACGAAUCACGCAAAGGGAAACAAAUGCUCAUGAAAACAUGACCAAUUGGAAUCAGACAAGUUGGGCUUCCUCAGGAUGGUUGAAUCUCACAGGAGAAACUGAAGAUGACAUGGAAAAGCUAGAAGGAAAUUUCACAGAAGAGGAUUUACUCAGAUGGUCAAACACCAACUACACAGAUGAAGACCCCAGAAUAAUUGGGGGAUCUUUUUGCCGCCCAGGAGCAUGUCCUUGGCAGGUACUGAUUCAAAAUAAUAGAGGUUACGGUUUUUGUGGGGGCAGCUUGAUCAGUAGUCAGUGGGUACUUACUGCAGCCCACUGUUUUGAUACCAUUACCCCACAUCAAGUUACAGUGGGAGACUUUGAUAAACAUCAGCGAGAACGAGAUGAACAAAAAGUGAGAGUACGGCACUACUGGAGACAUCCUCAGUAUAACUCACAGAACUACAACAAUGACAUUGCUUUGGUCCAAUUGACUAGUGAUGUGAUUUUUACCCAGAAUGUACUUCCCAUCUGCCUUCCUCGUCCUAACCUAGCUACUUUGCUGAUUGAAGAAGUAGCUCAUGGAACAGUUAGUGGAUGGGGUGCAACUCAUGCUAAGGGUAAGUUAAUUCGCUUUCUCAUGAAAGUUAGGUUGCCCAUUGUGAGCAUGGAGACCUGUCGGCAGUCAACUAAGAAGGUCAUUACGGACAACAUGUUUUGUGCAGGCUAUGAUGCGGAAGGGCAGGACGCUUGCAAAGGAGAUAGCGGUGGACCUUUUGCUGUAUCUUAUCACAAUACUUGGUAUCUCUUGGGGAUUGUCAGCUGGGGAGAAGGUUGUGCUGAAGUCGGAAAAUAUGGAGCUUAUACUCUAGUACCCAAUUAUAUUUCAUGGAUAAAGGAAGUAUUCGAAACUAAUUCUGGAAGUUUUUUUGCAUAG